CGCUCCUGUGUGGUGUGGCUGAGAGUCAAGCCAAGGAUGUUGGAAGACACAAAGAGGGAAGUGCCGACAUACCGGCGGACGCUUCGACCAACGCCACGUUUUUUGCCUGAUAAAUACCACCUGCUAAUGAAGAACAGGUCGGCCAUUCACUAUCACAGGUACCUCGUGGACUCAAAAUGAAACUACCGUAGCGGAAUUUUUUUCUGUCAACGUAUCGUCACAUCAUGGACAGCGUGGAACUCGAUUAAACGAACAUUGUCAGGAUGCCUUCUCACGAGGGGGAAGAGCCACCGCCUAAUGUAAAGCAGUCUGACAGUCGCCUAAAGAGCAAGAAACCACCCACUCUUGUCAUAGCAAUACCUAAACCUGAAGAGAUAAUGUCCCAUGACCCCACUAAACAGCCCCUUCGACCGUCUGUGAAGAAGAAUAUGAGUGGCCAAGGAACCAGUUCUGUGUCAGAGAGCAUCAGCGGAGGUGCAGAUGGAGGCUUGUCAGCCUCUGAGAGAAGGGAAAGGUUUGGAAGACAGACCUCACUCUCACAAAGUAUUCGCAAGAAUACAGCCCAGUGGUUUGGGGUAGGAGAAGACUGUGAGACCAAGCAACAGGUUUGGCAGAGGAAGAGCCUGCGCCACUGCAGCCAACGGUAUGGCAAGCUCAAGCCACAAUUCAGAGAGCCCGACACAGCCACAAGCAUCGAGCAGAGCCUGGAAUCACCAGCCCCAUCCAAGAUGCCUAAGAUUGUGGACCCCCUGGCACGAGGACGAGCGUUCCGUUACCCAGAGGACAUAGACAUUCGCUCCCCCAAGGUUCCCAUCACACCUGGGGUCACCUCACUCAGCUCCUUUACUAGCCAGCGCUCUGGGUACAGUCGCUUCCCCAAACGUAAAAGGGAGUCCGUCGCUCGCAUGAGCAUCCGUGCUGCAAAUAACCUGCUGAGGGGCCGAAGCGGCUUAGCGGGUUCUCUUACAGGUCGCAGCUUUCCUAGGAGGAGCUUUGUUAGGCCCAGCUGGCUGGACGAUGAAACUGUGGACUCGGCAGACAUGUCUGAGUCACUCUUUUUUAGCAAGGUCGAUGUCCACGAUGAGUUGUACUCUAUGACUGAUGAUGUAUUUGAGUCUCCACCAAUUUCUGCUGCUUUUGCCCCAAGUGAGCAACCAGACCAGAAAUUCUCAAGCCUUAAGGAUGUAUCUCGGACACCCCGCACACCAACAGCAAUGCAGGAGAAAAGUCAUCCUCGACGUGGCCGUCGCAUCGCUUCCCAAGUUAAGCACUUUGCUUUUGACAACAAAAAGCGUCACUAUGGAAUGGGUGUUGUGGGCAAAUGGCUCAACCGGCACUACCGACGCAGCCUCAGCAGUACCAUCCAAAAGCAGCUGGAUGACUUCCACAGCCAUAGGCCUUACUUUACCUACUGGAUCACCUUUGUCCAUAUUGUAAUCACGUUGCUGUCCUGUUGUACUUAUGGUUUUGCCCCUGUGGGGUUUGCACAGCAUUCUAAAACCGACCUAGUGCUGAAGAACAAAGGCAUCUAUGAAAGUGUCAAGUACAUCCAACAGCAGAACUUUUGGAUAGGUCCAAGAUCUGACGACCUGAUUCAUUUAGGAGCCAAGUUCUCUCCAUGUAUUCGUCAGGACAGACAAAUAGUCCAUCUUAUCCAGAAGGCCAAAGAUCUGGAGAAAGAGUCUGGAUGUUGUGUUCAGAAUGACAACUCUGGAUGUGUGCAGACUCUCAACUCUGACUGCUCUGAGACACUUGCCACCUUUAUCAAAUGGAACAAUGAGCUUGUGGACAUCAUCAGAUCCUCUGGCUCCGUCUGCCACCAGGAUCCCAGAGUAUGUGAAGAGCCUGCAUCUGCAGAGCCUCACACAUGGCCAGAUGACAUCACCCAGUGGCCCGUGUGUACAUAUCCCAAAAAGUGGAACCAUACUGGCUACAGACACAUGGACUGUAACAUCAAGGGUCGACCUUGCUGCAUAGGAACGAAGGGCAGGUGUGAGAUUACAACCAGGGAGUAUUGCACUUUCAUGCAUGGCUACUUCCACGAGGAUGCCACACUGUGCUCACAGGUCCAUUGUCUGGAUGAUGUUUGUGGCUUGCUUCCUUUCCUGAACCCUGAUGUACCUGAUCAGUUCUACCGUUUCUGGUUGUCCCUUUUCCUCCAUGCUGGGUUACUACACUGCGUGGUAUCAGUAGUGUUUCAGAUGACCAUAUUGCGAGACCUGGAGAAGCUGGCUGGUUGGGUGCGCAUCUCCAUCAUUUACAUCUUUAGUGGUAUCACUGGAAACCUUGCCUCUGCCCUCUUCCUGCCCUACAGAGCUGAGGUGGGUCCAGCAGGAUCUCAGUUCGGCCUUCUGGCGUGCCUGUUUGUUGAGCUCUUUCAAGGUUGGCAGAUGUUGGAGAAACCAUGGAAAGCUUUUUUAAAACUUUUGGGCAUUGUUUUUUUCCUCUUCUUGUGCGGUCUUUUGCCCUGGAUUGACAACAUAGCCCAUAUUUUUGGCUUCCUCAGUGGCAUGCUGCUCUCUUUUGCCUUUUUGCCCUACGUCACAUUUGGAACGUUUGACAAGUACCGCAAACGCGUCCUCAUUGUUGUUUCACUGUUGGCCUACAUUGGCCUGUUCUCUUCACUCAUUGUUUGGUUUUAUAUUUAUCCCAUUAACUGGCACUGGCUGGAGCAUCUCACAUGCCUGCCCUUCACGAGCAAAUUCUGUGAAAAGUACGACAUUGAUCACGAUAUUAAUCAUGUGGUGCACUAGCCAUGAGCUUGCUGAUGGCCUCUGUGACCAAGCUAACCAGUGAUAAUCCAGGUUUUCUAAGUGUCCUUCAAAUCUUUGGCAAUCGUGACUUGUUAUGGUCGGUUUAUUAUCGAAGGUACCCAGCAGAGUCUGAUGAUUCACACACUUCCAUAAAAGUUUGGAUCCACCACUAUUUACUUGCUGCUGAUCCAAUGGCUCUUGCGAUCCUGUGGACUCAGGACCUCAAUGCAAAAAGCUGGAUGAAA